UGGAGAACGUCCGUUGAGUGCGGAAGUGGCGGUCGUCGUGGACUGUGCACUUUGGACUUCGACUGCAGAGCAGACAUGACAAAUAAACAGACUCCCAGGUCUCGCUGUCAGGUCCAGCUCGGCGGCGGGUCUCCUUAAAUCUGAUGCCUGUUGACGGACGCUGGCGUAUCGGAGCGACUCUGUCCUCCUAGCUUAGAGCUAACUAGCAGAGGAAGGUGUUGUUGGUGCAGCAGCCAUGGCAGAGGCCGGAGCUCACAUCACGUCCACGGCUGGCAACGAGCAGCCGUCCAUCUUUGAGGUGUUGGCUCAGGAGUCUCUGAUGGAGGCGGUGCGACCGGCGCUAAAGCACGCUGUCAAGGUUCUGGCAGAGUCCAACCCGUCCCGUUUUGGCUUCCUGUGGAGAAGCUUCGACGAGCUCUACCUGCUGCUGGACGUCCUCCUCCAGAACCACUUCCUGUCCCACUGCAGCGCCUCCUUCUCCGAGAACUUCUACGGCCUGAAAAGAGUGUCGGGCGGGCGAGGGCCGGGGGUCGGCCUGGGGCUGAGCAGGAAGUCCCACUGGCGCUCGCUGCUCCUCCUGUGCCUGGCGCCGUACCUGCGGGCCAAGCUGGAGGCGACGCUGGCGCGGCUGAGGGACGAGGAGGACUUCUCCAUCCGGCUGGCGCAGACCAGGAGCCAGAGGCUGUACCGGGCGGCCGUGGCGGCGUACCCGUACGUCAGCUCGGCCUGGCAGGUGUGGAUCUUCUGCCAGCAGCUGCUCUUCGUGUUCGGAGUCACCAAGACCCACAGUCCUCUGCUGUGGCUGGCGAGGGUCAAACUGGCACGGCUUAACACUCGAGAUAUUAGAGACAUGGAGCAGAAAACCAGCAACACCAGCAGCCCGCCUGGUGGAAGCCUGGUGCAGAGAGCGUGGUGGCUGAUGGGUCAAGCGGCGAGGGGCGCGGCCGUCUCCCUCUCCACGUCCCUCUCCCUGGGCGUCUUCUUCCUCCAGUUCCUGGAGUGGUGGUACUCGUCGGAGAACCAGAGCACGGUGAAGGGCCUCACCUCCCCGCCCGCCCCCCCGCCGCCGCUCCACCUGCAGCAGGGGUGGAGCGAGGACGGCAAGAACUGUCCGCUGUGCCGGAGGCCGCGCACCAACGCCACGGUGCUGUCCACGUCCGGCUUCGUCUUCUGCUACCGCUGCGUCUACACGUACGUGAAAGCCAACCGCCGCUGCCCGGCCACGGGAUAUCCCACGGAACUGCAACACCUCAUCAAGAUCUACUCGCCGGAGAGCUAGGUCACGUGACCUGGCGAGACGUUCCGCUUCGAGCACGUUUGGACUUUCCAGCCGCUUUUAGAAAACCUGUUUUUUGUGGCUCCGUGAUUGAAUAUUGUACAUAUAGACUUUUCUUUUUUGAAUGAGAACAAGAAUUUUGCUUUUGUUUGCAACAGACUCUUCAAAGCCGUCACAGUUCGUGAGAAAUUAUGCAGUGAUAUGAGACGUUUUAGGAUGUGAAAUUCUUUUUUUGAACGCAUCACAUUAAAUAUUUAUACAUUCCAUAAUAAAAA